AUGUCAUCUUCAGAUUUGUCUCCGACAGACCUGAAUAACGUAAAUAGUUCCACCGAACGAAUUCGAGCCAGAAAUAAAUCCAAGUCCAUAUCCAAUGGUGUACUUCAACACCAUAGAGAAUUGGGUAAGUCAUUGGGUGCUGCCGUAGGCGGAGGAGGGUUCAAGAAAGUGUCGUUUUCUCAUUUCAAGAAGUUUGGAGGUAGUAGUAGUGUGGUUGAUCUGACUUCAAGUUCAAUAACCUCGUCUGAGGACGAUCAGUACUAUGAUGACAGUGAUGACGAUGACGAUGACGAUGCUGACACCAAGAAUUCCAGACUACAACAAAUAUAUUUGCAUCCGCCGAAAGCAAUUGCCCCUGGUGCACAUCAAUCUAGAAAGAAUAUACUCAAAAAAUUGUCGUCAUACCCUAUGGAAUUUACUAAAUCCUUGGACUCUCAAGUUCUAGGCACAGCAGACUCAAAUAGCAAUCUUCCCGAAUUCAACAAACGUCCGUUGACAGAUACCCCCAUCGUGUCAAGCGUCGCUUCGCCAAUAACAAGAACACAAUCAUACGAAUAUGACGAAGACAAGACCGAAGAUGAAUACAAAAAUAGAGCAGUAGGAGAUUCAACUAUUGUAGAGGAAUCAUCUGAAGAAGGAUCACAAGCACCAAUUGCUAAAACAAAGAAUAUAUCGCAUUUGAAUUUAUUGGAUUUGCAAUCAAGAUCCGUUUCGCCCAAUACAGUGGUUGAGACGAAGAAAGAACCUGAAAAAGAGCAAAAUAAAGCUGAGCUUAAGGUGGCUGAAAUGACUGUCCCGCAGAUCGUGGAACAAGUUGCACAACUUAGACCAGAGAUUUCUCCAAACACGCAAUUACCGGUGUCACAAGCACCAGUCCCAGUUAAGCCAUCUCCAACUACAGGGGGUGCACAGAGCAAGAAAGGUAAAGAUGAACUUGAGAAGGAGAAAUCCUUCGAGAAAACUCCAUCGAUCGAAAAAUUGAAGAGUUUGCUCCUUACUAAACCCCCACCACCGGCUCGUAAAGCUAAUACGUUAAAUAUCCCUGGUCAAACUUCAUCGAAGACAUCUCCUGAUGGUAGGAUUGCAUCGGUGGACGUUGGUUCAAAAUUAGUAAUCGUAAUGGUUGGGCUUCCCGCUAGAGGUAAGUCAUACAUCACAAACAAGCUCACCAGGUACUUGAACUGGCUUCAGCAUGACUGUCGAGUAUUCAAUGUCGGUAAUACGAGAAGAAAAGACAAAAAUAAUGCAGGCCCUGAAGCUAAUCCUCUUCCAGAUAUUCAUACACCAAAUAAUGAGCAGUCAAGCUCGCCCCAAAUGACUACUACAAGUGCAUCAUCUGCUGCAGCCGAGCCAAAAUCUCCUGUUCAUAACGCAGAUUUCUUUUCGCCUGAUAAUAACUCUUCCAACAUUCUUCGAGAGAAAUGGGCCAUAGAUACACUCGACCAACUUUUAAAUUAUGUAAUUGAUGGGCCAGGCUCAGUUGGAAUCUUUGAUGCAACUAAUUCCACCAAGAAGAGGAGAUUGAGAGUUCUUAAAAGGAUUCAAGAGAGGUCCAAUGGAGAAUUGAAAGUCUUAUUUUUGGAAAGUGUAUGUUCUGAUCCUGCCAUUAUCGAAUCUAACAUAAGAUUGAAAUUAUCUGGUCCUGAUUAUAGAGAAAUGGAACCAGAAGCUGCAUUAAAGGACUUUGUGGGGAGGUUGCACAAUUAUGAAAGAGCGUAUGAAACUAUUGAUGAACAAGAAGAAUCAAUUCCUGGUUUUCAAUACGUUAAGAUGAUAAAUGUUGGAAAAAAGGUUGUUUCGUACAAUGUGCAAGGAUUUUUAGCAUCACAAACCAUCUACUUCUUAUUAAACUUCAACUUGUGUGAGAGACAAAUAUGGAUCACAAGACAUGGUGAACUGACAGACAAUUUGACUGGUAGAAUUGGAGGUGAUUCUCACUUAACUAAGAGAGGUGAAAAAUUCGCAAGAGCAUUACUGAAAUUUAUGAACUUCCAGAGACAAGAGUUUAGAAAGCAGCAAUUGGAAAGGUUUUCGACUAGGUUGGAGUUGAAGUAUGAAUCUAUAAUGAAUAGCGGAAAGGAGGUGGAUGACUCUGCAGUGGAUAAUAUACCAAGCGAACCGAACUUUUGUGUAUGGACUUCGAUGCUAUGUAGAGCUAUUGAAACAGGUAAAUAUUUCGAUGACCAGCUUUAUAGUCUUAAGGAGAUGAGAAUGCUUAAUGAAUUAGGAGGCGGUAAGUUUGAAGGCUUGACAUACGAAGAAAUCCAACUGAAAUACCCUAAAGAAUUCCAAGCAAGAAUUCGUAACAAGUUGACCUACAGGUACCCUGGAGUAGGAGGUGAAUCAUAUUUAGAUGUGUUAACGAGAUUGAGACCAUUAAUCACAGAAGUUGAGAGAACUACUGACAAUUUAUUGAUCGUAUCUCACAGAGUUGUACUCAGAGUUUUAUUGGCAUAUUUUUUGAAUUUAGACAAUUCUUCGAUUGGUGAAUUGGAUGUUCCAUUGCAUACAUUAUACUGUUUAGAACUGAAACCGUACGGAACGGAUUAUAGAAUGUAUGAAUUUGAUGAGGGCCUAGACUGGUUCGUGAAAGUUGAACCAGAACAUCAAAAAAAUAUGAAGGAAGUUGGAGUUGCGUUCAGGGAGAGAAAGUACAGUGUGGUUCCAACUGCACCUCCAAGCAGCAGUGUCAAUAAAGCAAGAGAAAAUGUUAGAAAUAGAACGUACAGUAGCACUGUCUCGAACGCGGACAAUGGAGUCUUCAGUAUUAGGAGAAGCUUAAGUUUUGGAGCGGGAGGUAAUCCUAAUUUGGUUCAGUCACAUAACACGAACCCAAGAGCUGCAGGUGCUGGAGUACAACAGCAGCUGCAAGUAUUUAACCAACAAAAUGAUCAGGAUAGCAUAACCUCGAAGAAAUUGGCCGAUUUAAAGAAGAUGAGAAAACCAUGA